CAAUGUACAUUUGUUGAUGUUCGAAAAUUAUAACAAAUCAUUUUUCGAAGUUUGCGAUAACUAUUUACUUAAAGAUCUUGAUUAUAAUGUGACCAUUUGGUUGGGAAAAAUAGGGUUAAUAGCCCCACUCGUUCUCUUACUCGUCCCAGGCAACCUCAGCAAAAUAGCAACAAAAUGGCGGCAAAACAAGAACGUACUGACAGAUAUGCGACGACUUUGACAGUCCAGAACUUCUAGCUGCAAGAGUAUAUGAGAAUAUGGCGAGCAAGCAAAGACAUCAGAAGCAUUUGUCCACUUAUCUCAAGUCAAAAAAAGAAAGCCCGGAUAAAAGGACCCAAACAAAUUGGGUAUUCUUAUCUCAGGACCAAGUCAACACCAUCUAAAUCACAAAAGAACCCGCAAGCUACUUUUCGAUCCAACCAGAGAUCCACUCUCAGCAAGGCCAAGGGUGGUCAAGAUUGCAUGUUUGAAAGGCUUCCGGAUGAGCUCCUUUUAGGCAUUUUCAAGUUUCUCAGUCCCUCAGAAUUGCUGAAAUGUGCUCAAGUCUGUCGGCAUUGGUCACAGUUAACUACAGAAAGCUGUCUAUGGGAGAACAUCUUUCUUAAAGUCCCACUAGGUGUGCGGCAGUUGUUCAGCUUUGAAGAGACAAAGGAAGAGGGGUUUAACUGGAAAAAGGAAGUGAUCAAAAGGUGUAUAACAGCCAGGAACAACAUGGUAUUGAAACCCAGAAAAGAGCAGCGACCAAGGGUGUAUCAGGGAAAACCUGGACUGCAGGGUCAUUUAGCGUUUCUGUCAGUCAAAUGGAAGCUCUGUUUCAUGGACACUAAUGGAAAUGACCACUGGGUGUCAGUUGGGCGAAUGUUGUAUCACCGUCACUCUGUCUCUGUACACUGGGGAUCAGUUACCCUUCCUCCGCUACAAAGACUGAAAAACUUAAGGGUGUAUGCCUUUGUGCCGGUGUUUUAUAACAAGGAGUGGGUUCCUCACAAAAAUAGUGCAACCACAAGAUCCUUAAUUCUUCAAUAUGACAUGAAGUUAAAAGAAAACAUUGUUGAGCAAAAAAGUGCCCUUACAGAUGAUGAUUUGGUUACCUUGCACAACCUCCCCAAUGGGACAACCAUAGGGUGCUGGAAGGCAUCAUGGAAAGGCGGUGGUGAAAUUGCAUUUGUUACUGUGAAUUUACCACACCAUAAGCUGGCUCGCAGGAUUCUCCUUGGUUCAUCCUCUCAAGUCUGCCGAAUAGCGCCCCAUGUACCUGUCCUAGAUGAUAUUGAUCCAAGAUACGGUCUCCAUGGUUACACGGCCGAGCUCAUGCUAAGGACUGAAAAUAUGACCUUUUUGGAGCACCACUUUCGUGAUUUAAGAGAUGGGUAUGUCACUGGAGAUGAGGUGAUUUUCACAAGUUUUAAUAAUGAGGUGUGCAGACUUCAUGGUGAGACACUUUGGUUGCCAUGGAAAACUGAGCUCUUUAAGGGGACUUUAAAGGACUCUUGCAUAUUGGAUUUAGUCUUCAAGGACGAACACAAGAAAAACAUGUGGUCUGUCAGGGACAAACCUGGGGAUUGGUCAGGCUGGUUGUACACAAAAAUUCAAAUUUAAGGUCUUGGUAAAGGUAAAUUUGACACUACUGUUUGUUUUUGUGGUUUUUGCAAAACCUGUAUCAAAAGUUCUUAAACUUCAUUUUUGCAAAAAAAUGUUUCUCCAUAAAUCGCAUUCUUAGACGGCUAAAAUGGGCCUUUGCUGUUUAGCAUGACCUGUUGACUGUGAAUUUACGCCAGAUCUUUUACUUUUCUAGCGUAUUUUUUUAAGGCAAGAACUCAAGUUUGUCGGGGGUAACCUCGCAACGGGUUUUAAGAUCACAGUGCCUACUUGCACGGCUUCCAGUAAAGGAGGAAAAAAAUCUAGCUGCACGGCUGUCUCCCAUUUUCUCGAUUUUUAGUCUAAACCAUAUAACAGCCGUGCACGGAGAAAAAAAAAUUAGAUGCACUGCCCUUUUUUCUUUUCGCCAUUUUAAGCCAAAAUUAAAAGUCCUGACUUUAAAAACCUCCAACUGUUAUUUAGAACCGUCAAGCGAUGGCUUCGAGCUUAAAAAUUUUUGGCAAAAGCUGACAUGCGAAUGCUCGGCACAUAAUAAACGAAGCGUGGAAUUCGACACUUAGCCGAAAAUGCCCUUUCUGUUAAAAAUCCUGGCUAAGCCGCUGCAUACCGCUCCUGGCAUAAAGCUCCUCUGCUCCAUAGUUCUUCACCUAAGGGUUCCUUAGGUUCCCUAAGCACCAACUGCUGAUUAAUUUCUCCAUGUUAAGAGACAGCUGAGCAUAUUUUCUCACUUAUGACAAAUUCCUUUAGGAACAGCCCUCCUGCCAUAUCACCAGCACACUAACAACAGAGUCCCUUCUUUAUUGUACAGUAUGCCACAUCUAGCAUCCCCUUCCACUAAGCCUCCCCCUUCCACUACAACAACCUACACAACACCAGAAUUGACACCAUUAUAUUUCCAUCCUAACUUGUACAUAAACCAUCACUUAGGGGCGGAGAAUUCCAGAAGUAUUGAGCCAUUUUUCAUACAAGUUUUCACAAGGGGGGCCAUCAACCCUCCUCUUUUCAGAUCAGUGCAUGGUAUCGAAACAGGUAAAUAUAUGUAUAAGAAAGCUAUUUUCCCUAACAUUCCAUCAAUUUUUACCAUUUUAGAAGUCUAGAAAAGUCACCCAGUCCUGUAAUUGUCUCUGAAUUUGCCUUGAGCCCCCACUUUCUUAGGCCAGCUCCGCCUGCCAGCUCCCGGGUUGAGAGGUGUAGAAGUCUGCUCGUAAGGCCUAACAGGAUUGACUGGAUUACCUCAUUGUUCUAUUGUAUUCAUGUUCUAUUGUUUUGUCUGUGGUGCCUCAAACCAAUCAGGUGAAAUCUUCUGAUAGCUUCUACAUGACCCCCCUGGUAAGGUGUAGGAUAGCAGAGUGGGUGUGGUCAACAGAAAUUUGAACCCCUUAGAGACAGCAAAUCAGGGUCUAGUCACAGGGUUUUUCUUAAAAUUUUCUAGACCUAGUUGUUCUUUAUUUCACAUAGUUUAUUAUUAUUAUUAAAUGUCCAAAUGAUAUUCAGUUAGCAAACCAAUUUAUUUCUUGUCCACAAACAGUAUAAAACAUGCAAGAGUAUGUAGACCUAUGAAAAGGUCUUAAAGUAUAGGGAUAGGGCAAGCAUUAUCAUUAUUAUUAUUAUUAUUACCAUUUUUAUUAUUAUUAUUCAUUUAUAUUUUCACAAAUGAAAUAGAGAGUCCCAAAGAAAUGCUGCUUGCAAACAACUAAUGAUAAUAGUAAUAAUGAUAAUAAUAAUGAUAAUAAUAAUGAUAUUGAUAAUAAAAGCUGGUUUGUGAUUGACAGUAAUUUCGUGUAACAAUGUUUGAUCAUAUGGAAACCACUUUGCAUUAUUGGGAUUGGUUGUGGUCGCACAGUAAAAUAAGCUGCAAUCGUGGACAAUCAAGGGAGAUCAUAUGGGGAACAAACAAACAAGCAAAAUAGAUAAAAAACAAAGUAAACCUAAUUAGAGAGAAAUGCAAUAUCAUAUUAUGGGUAUAAAUAUGUAAAUAAAACAAAUUUGAUUAAGUAAAUAAAUCAGGGCCGCAGCAGGGGGUGGGGCACAAGGAAAUGACCAGUAGGGGUGUGGCUAUGUCCCCCUAAUAUUAUCUUAAUGUUUCUGUAUUGUCCCCACCCCCCCCCUCCCCCCCCCCCCCGCCAACAUUUUGAGGCGUGCUACAGCCAUGUAGAUUAUUUAAUAAACGGAAGAAUAAGAAUAAAAAAAUGGUAUAGAUUCUGGCUAAAAAAGUAAGAAAUACCCUUUUCAAUGCAAUUCGUCAACCUCCCCUCCCCCAAAGCUUUGCUCAACUUGUUUUGUUGUUAUGUUCUAUUAUGUUUUGUUGGGCCUUAGAAAUUUAUUGCUGUGUUUAUAUUUUUACUGAUCCUUUAGAAACGAUUCUUCACAAUUUAGAUGUUCAAUAUUUUGAUUUUAGAUUGAGUUUUUUUAAGCGAACCGGAUAUUUAUGUGACAGCCGUGCAUCUAGCGUUUCCAAGAGCUUAUGGAGCUCUUGCACGGCCUCUUUUGGAUUGGCGGGAUUUUUGAUUUAUAGAGUGGUAGUGAUGGCUAUCGUCCA